AUGCCGAGGAAAUCUAAAAUUAAGGUGAAGAUGUGCCCUCCAGCUAAUUUCUUGGUGUAUGAUGAUUUUUUAAAACCACGAUCUUCCGAUGAAGUUCGCCGUUGUGUCGUCAUUGAUGCUCCUAAUGUUAUGCACAUAACAAAAACUGACUUUCAGACGCGCAAAGCGAGCUCUUCUGGACUUCUUGCACUCAUUAGAUACUUCAUUAAAAAUGAUUUUGAAGUAGUUGCUGUGUCGCAAAGAAAGUACACCAUGGAUACAACAGUCACCCAUAAAUUUGCGAUAGAACACCUAGAGAAGUUGGGAUUGAUCCACUUGGUUGAUGGGCAUGAAUAUGAUGAUAUUGUUGCACUGGAGAUCGCUUUCGCUGCGGAUGGAGUCAUUGUGUCGAACGAUCAGUUUGCGGACCACAUGCAGUCAUCAGGUCGCUACCGCCAUCUUUUAAAGAGAUGUAUUUCGGUUGACCUAGAUAGAGUGGGAGAAACAGAGCGAUAUACAAUGAGUUCGAAUGGUCACUGUGUCGCAGAACACACGUUCAGAUUCAAACGGCGUUUGGUUCCACAAGCCAUGGUUAAGCUAGACUCAAAGUCAAUUCUCCAUGAAGCGUUCUUUUCUACGCCUGACAACGUACGCCACGAGAUCGUAGAAGAACAUCGGGAAAAUUGGACUGAGGACUACCGCAACGAGCUUGUCGCCACCAUUGAUGAACUUAUGGCGCAGAUACGAAGCAUCGUAUGA